AUGUCCGAAGAACUCGUCUAUGCCCUCAGGAAGAUCGCCAAGCGCUUCCGUGAGCCGGAAGGGAACGACAACGCCCGGUUCGGUCAUCUUGCGCUGCCAAGGACUCACCUAGCCUCCGAAGGCUUUUUGGGCGAGUUUCUCGAAACAUUCGGCCCCUACCAACAUGAAGAUGAUUACCGCAUCUUCGUAAUCGUCUCAGAAUUCGAGAAGCAGCGCGCCGAGAAAGAUCAAUCGGAUCUAUUCUUCCAUCCCUCUCCUCCCUCCGAUGAUCCCGAUCCCUCCGUCCACCGACCGAUCCUCCUGACGUUCCCCGAGUUUAUCACCGUCCUCGAAUCGAACCGAUCCGGCUCUACCAAGGGCGAAAGCGGAUGGAAAGCUGCAUCGCAGCCUAGUGGGUGGAACACCGACCAAGUGUUGCCAGAUCGUGUUGUUGUUUUCUUCAACAUCCAACCAUGCCUGCCCACUCCCUGUGCUCUGGCCCUGCUUGACCUGAUCAAGUGGGCCUCGGAUGUUUCAGAGAGACCGUCGGCGGCGAUCCGUAUCUUAACAGCCUCCGACUCGGAUAUCGAAGAACCCAUCGUCAGUCGGCUUGUUAAGCUUUUGGGAGAUCGCCGGCUGGAGUGUUUUGACAUUUCUCACACAGAGCCUCCUGCCAGCAAGCCUAUCGAGAUCAUUUGCGGUGAAGACAACGUUGCCAGUGAAAUCAUGGAUGCUGUGGCGAAAUCCGAGCCGAGUUCCCGGCACGCCGUUCUCUCCUAUCGGCGGGAUAAUGCAACUGAGUUGGAGGAUGCUUUGGAGACCGAAGGCGUGAAGCUUGACGUAGAACGGCUCAGGCCAAACAGAGAUAUCCCCCAGCUUCUAACAGUCAGGGACCUGUUUUGCUGUGAGGAGACGCAUGGUACCGAGGCUUCCCAAGGGCCUUGGGUAAGGAUCAUCAUUCUGGAGCCAGAACAACGUCCUCUCAUGUUCCUCCGGGGUUACACGCACGCCCAUAUCAUUCUGAGCAGUUCCAGUCAGAAAAUGUCGGAGACGUCUUUCGAUCGAAAGGCUUGUCAGAUAGCCAACAUGGGAAGCGAAUUCUCUCAAGAUGUCUGCCAAAACCAGAUUGCAUGGUCCCACCAGCCGCUUGUAGAGAAUGUCUUUGUUUAUGCCGGCUCAACGCUAGAGGAUUUCUCUCGUGGAGGAGCGCGGCAUCUUCGAUUCAUUGAGCGAGAAGAGGCAGGCAGCUUCAUAGCAUCCGUGUUUGCGAGAUCAUCAUGGGACUUCGAUCCAAGAGAUGUACUUGAAUGCUUCCAGUUCGAUACCCAGGUGUAUCUGGAAAUGCAACAUCGUCUUCUGACCCAGAAGAUCAUCGAAGCAAGCCCCCCCGGUCUGGCCAUGACUGACCACAUGGCUUCCGUCUUUCGAGCCAUACUCCCGAUUGCGAAGUAUGAUUAUCGCAUCGCCUACUUCAUCGCGAACCCCGCCUCCAGCCCAUUAGUUCUUCAUGUCAAGAUUCAGAUUGCGGCGAUGCUUAUCGUUGGACUCGAUAUGCUGCUUGUAAUUGAGAAUGAUCCUCCCUUGGAUGAGCUCCUCGGUGCCUGUUGGGGCUACGGUCGCAGCCUCGCAUCAACUGGAACGAUCUGGCUCCUCCUCGGCUUGUGGAAGCGUCUGCUCGUUGAUGUGCAAAGAGCUGAACAAGAGCAAAGAGAUGAACUAGCGCAAAGUCUGAAUUGCUCUAUACUCAACGGAAGGGUCUGGACCACAACCGUUGAAGUGGAUGAUUUUCGCAGCAAUGUCAAGGCGAUUCGCAAUGCCCUCGCCCGCUUAGGUCUCCAGGUUUCCUACAGCGACGUCGCCUUGGAGGAUGGGGAUGCGAUUCCCGACCAACGCACGGAGUUACAGAAUCAUUUACUUCUCGCGUAUGCGCAUCAACUGGUGGUGACAUCAAAGCAGCAGGGCAAGCUUCGCCACAUUAUGGUGUCUACUGGCGCGGAGGUAUCAACGAUUGGGAUUGCCAACCUCCCGCAUGUCUUCGAUAUCGAGGGGAUGAUGGCAGGAGAAGAUCGAACCUGCUGGUAUUCAGUUUGCGACUGCUUUCUGAGAAGAGCUGACGGCGAGCUUUGGGCCCUUCAUUGGACCGGGAUACCAUCCCUGCUGGUCGGUCUCUGGAAGCUCAACCAUGCCCCUGGAGGGACGUUGGUGGAAGCGCUGGAUUCAUUUGUGCCUCGUCCCUGA